CGUUGCGUGCGAGGGGGGCGACGUAGGGGCGCUCAGCGAGCCCGUCUCUCCUCGAAUGAAAGGAAACAACCUCUGGCGACAGAGCCCCGCUCCCAGGCGCUGCUGGAGAACGGAGACCGACUUCUUUCUCUUCCCUCUCAUUGGCGCUUCUCUCGUGCCGUUCGCCUCUGGGCCCCGCCGCAUUUCUUGAGGCUUAGAGUGGCAGUCUAAAGACCAUUUUUUAAAAAAAAAUCAUGUCAAGCUCAGUUGAACAGAAAAAGGGACCUACAAGACAGCGCAAAUGUGGCUUUUGUAAGUCAAAUAGAGACAAGGAAUGUGGACAGUUACUAAUAUCUGAAAACCAGAAGGUGGCAGCACACCAUAAGUGCAUGCUCUUCUCAUCUGCUUUGGUAUCAUCACAUUCUGAUAAUGAAAGUCUUGGUGGAUUUUCUAUUGAAGAUAUCCAAAAGGAAAUUAAAAGAGGCACUAAGCUGAUGUGUUCUUUGUGCCAUUGUCCUGGAGCAACAAUUGGUUGUGAUGUGAAAACAUGUCACAGGACAUACCACUACCACUGUGCGUUGCAUGAUAAAGCUCAGAUACGAGAGAAACCUUCGCAAGGAAUUUACAUGGUUUAUUGCCGAAAACACAAGAAAACUGCACAUAACUCUGAAGCAGCUGAUUUAGAAGAAACGUUUAAUGAACAUGAACUGGAGCCCUCAUCACCCAAAAGUAAAAAGAAAAGUCGCAAAGGAAGGCCACGAAAAACUAAUUUUAAAGGGCUGUCAGAAGACACCAGGUCCACAUCAUCCCAUGGAACAGAUGAAAUGGAAAGUAGUUCCUAUAGAGAUAGGUCUCCACACAGAAGCAGUCCUAGUGACGCCAGACCUAAAUGUGGGUUCUGUCAUGUAGGGGAGGAGGAAAAUGAAGCAAGAGGAAAAUUGCAUAUAUUUAAUGCCAAAAAGGCAGCUGCACAUUACAAGUGCAUGUUAUUUUCUUCUGGUACAGUCCAGCUCACAACAACAUCAAGAGCAGAAUUUGGAGAUUUUGAUAUUAAAACUGUACUUCAGGAGAUCAAACGAGGAAAAAGAAUGAAAUGUACACUUUGCAGUCAGCCCGGUGCUACUAUUGGAUGCGAAAUAAAAGCCUGUGUUAAGACUUACCAUUACCACUGUGGAGUACAAGACAAGGCUAAAUAUAUUGAAAAUAUGUCACGAGGAAUUUACAAACUAUAUUGUAAAAAUCAUAGUGGAAAUGAUGAGAGAGACGAAGAAGAUGAGGAACGAGAGAGUAAAAGCCGGGGCAAAACAGCAACUGAUCAGCAGCAACUUAAUGGAAACUAGGUUCAUGGGACAGAGUUAGAAAACUGGGAAUGAAUAUGACAUCCGUAACUACUAUUCUUUUUCUUUUUCUUUUUUUUUUUUCCUUUUCACUCUUUUCUAAAGUCAAAAAGGGUCUGUAACUUUUUACUGCCCGACUCUUAGAUCCUUCAUUGAACUGCCUAAAAACUGUCUUCUUUGUUUUACGAGCCUUCACUAGAUGGCAGAGUCUGACACGUGUCAAUAUUCUAUAGCUGUAGUUUGCAGUUUCUGGGAAGCAAUUGAAACACUAUUAACCCUGUGUAUAGUGUCAGCAGUUAAACCAGACAUUGACAUGAAGUAAGCUAUAUUCCUGGACUGAACGAAGUUCUUCUGUUUAGUGUGUCUAAUGUUUGUUUAGUGGAUUCAUACUGAAGGGAAAAGCAUAAGCAGAUCUCACUUUACAGUGCAAGCACACCUCUGGUGGCGACAACAUACGGGAAUUUGGGAUUUUUUUUUUGUCUUCACAUGCAACUAAUGGAGGCUACAAAUGAAGAAAACCACCAUCUUUUUUUUUUUUUUUUCUCUUGGCUUUGACAGCACAUGCUUUAAAAAAAAAAAAUCUCCUCCAAGAAGUGUGCUAAAGCUUUUUCAUUUGGUUCCUGUUGAAGUUGUUCUCCCUGACCAGCAUGGACUUGGCAACUGGUGACUGACUGUAAGCUAUGAGCUCCAGUGCUUAUGCCAAAAUUCUCUUGACUAUAAACCUCUUCUCUUUCCAUUGUCAUACAAAGAGCUUCGUGCAACAUGAUUGGAUCCUUCCAAGUUUAAACAAACUUCCGGCAACAGCAAAUUAAACCUCUUUAAGAAGUAAAGGACUCAUUAAGGACUUUAGCCACCGUGUCUGAAACCCUUUCCUCUCAAGUGCCGUGUUGUGUGGAGCACUUCAUGUAUUGGCCCAAAGUACAUAAGGAGGUCUCGUGCUAUAGGAGUUUUAAAAAAAAAAAAAAAAAAGGUUAAAAAAAAAAAAACCGUCUUUGCAGAAAACAGUAUUUAUUUUUUAAUGUUGUGACCACUAUUUUAGAACCUUUAUUUAAUAUUUUAAUGUCUUCAUUCAUUGCUUUGCUUAUGUAUUAAAUAGGCUUUUGGUAUUGCCCUGCUUUUCUCCUGGUGGGGCUCAGUGUUUUAUUGCUCAAUCCGAGUUGUUUCUCAAAGCCCAAGAACCCAGAUUUCUAGAAAGGAUUUUCUCACUGGCAUUUCUAGCCAGUGAUAUUUUCUUCCACUUACCUGCUGAAGCACAUUUAUACAUUUAUUUAUGGCAAAACCAAAAACAGUAGUUGUGGUCUGCCUAAUAUCACCUUAGCACCUCAAUAUCAAGGGUAGGGAAUUCUGGUUUCUGAAUGAAUUAGUUAACCUACCACAUUUUAAAGGCAAAUUUACCAACGAGAAAGAAAUAAAGCUGUUAAGUUGCUAAGUACAUCAUGAUGUUCUGCAGCUGAUGAAGAAGCAUUUUUUCAAAUGUAACAGGUGGAAAAUUACACUGUGCUUUAUGAAUGAUUUUUUUAACUGCUAGUCCCUUAAGGUCAUAUUCAUCAAGUGUGUAGUCCCACAUUUGCUAACGUCAAGGGACUCAAUGAGUGCUUUAUUUUAACCCUCUCUUGUCAUUAUUAGAAGGAAACUAGCAUUAGUAGUGGGGCGUGCUGGUUUUAUCUUUUUGCUCUAAAUAUGCCAUUGGAUAUUUUGUAUGUGUGUAUGUGAUGAAUUUUCAAAAUUCACCAUGACUUGAAGUGCAACGACAGAUCUAGAUGUAUGUUUACCAAGCUAUGUGACUUUUCCCAAAGGAUCUGUAUUUUAUUUCCUUACAACAGCUUGAAACCCGUUGUUUUUAACUCUUUGAAUCACUGUGUCUCUAGAUUAUUUUUACAUUGUGUGCCAUAGGACCUACCCACGGAACAACAGAGCACCUUCAUUUGGGGACAACUACUGUAACCAUGUUUUUUAGGGGAAAUGGAAGGUGCCGUGGGGUAAUAAUGGCCAGUCAGUAAUCAUAUCAAGGACUUCAAAUACUCUAGCUGUCAGUUGAUGAGUUUAUCACGUAACAAAACCUGUACCGUGUUUUGUAUGGGUUUCUUCAACCCUUCCUCUGCCGCUAGCAACCAGAAUAGCACUUUACCUUUUGGUUGGCUAGGUAAGUGGCUGGCUACCUAUUGUUUUUCUCACUGUGGUGUGAUUGGCGAAGCCGUCUUUUAUUGAAAACAGAAAUGUAACUUAAAAGUCACGUGAAAAAUCAUGUUCGGUUGUAAACGUCCAAUAUUUUGACUGAUCGCCUGUCUGUUUUUUCGUCACAUGCUGAGUCAAAGUGCCUUACAAUGUAAAAAUUGUACAGUACUUAUGUUCCCAAGUAGCAUCAUCAUCAUCAUCAUCAUCUUCCGGGUAGUAAUUACAUUGUGGUGUAUGAAUAUUUAGAAAAAUGGACCUCAGCAGUGUAUUUACUGUUCAUCUCUUAAGUCCUUAAACUGUAGUUUUAAUAAGCAUGACAUUAUUUGAUAAGUCUGUAACAUUUACACCAUUUCAAGAAAUACUGCCAUGACUCUCUUUUUAUGCAUAUUUUAGCUGAAAUUUGGAGGCGCCUUUCCUUUGUCGUCCCCCUCCCUCCGUUUUUGGUUUUGUUUUUUGUUAUUGAUAUUAAACAGUGUGAUCUUUGCAAGCGUAUAUUGAAGAUUAUCCUGGAGCAUUUAUUGCCUUACCAGAAAUGUUAGUAAGAAAUGUUCUCUAGAGUAGAAAAGAUAGGCUUGAGUUUCUAUACUUUAAUAAGAACUCUUUGUUCCUGGGGGAAGGGGGUAGGGGUGAAUUGUAUUUUCAUCUCAAUUUAUUAAGAACCCACAAGUGAAAUAAUUUUUAUUUCAAAGAUCAGCGAUUUCAGAAUUUCAGAAAGUACUUGCUCAGGAGUACACGCUACUCAAGAUAUUAAGAAAAUAACAAGCUAUGUAGAUCUACUGUUCAAUCAGAAUCUAUAUACUUGAAAUGUGUGAAUCUUAAGUAUCUCAAAGCAAAAGUGUUCUAGAAUGUUGUUGCUUUUUUAAAAAGCGCUAAAGUUAGACCAAGGUAUACCGUUUUGUUUUAACAGACAUCUAGGCUAAUUGUAAAGAUAAGGAAUGCAAAAUGGGUCAAAAUCAAACAUUCCUCUCAUAUUAUGUAUAUUUUGUUCCUGUUAUAUUGGCUUUGUUUUCAAAUUGUAGUUUGUAGAAUUAGUUUCCUUUUAUUGAUAUUCUCUUGCAUAUACUAUUCAUUCAAUAAAUGAGUUAUGACUUUGA